AGUCUCCGUUCGCGGUCGAGGCAAGCACACGUCCCGUCUUCCGUAACUUUCGUUGUGAACUUAUCGAUGUUUUUUUAUUGUUUUUUUUUUGUGAAUUCUAGUACAAUAUGAGUUUUUGUGGAUUAGGUAAGAAGCUAACAAAAAUGUGUUACGUCUAGUUUUCUAACAGGAUUGCUAACUUUCGAUGCCCGUGUUCCGUGCCAAAACGAUGUGGUCGCGUAAGCAAUCUGUGUGCAGUGCCGUCAGCGGUGCAUCGAGGGGCGAUGAUACAGAUCUCCCUUUUGCGGGUGGAGUCCGGCUAUACCCUUUUGCAAUAGCUCUAAGGGUCAGAGUGUUACAGAUUGUCUGCGGUAUCGGAGGACUGGUGGUUGGAGCGGUGGGUUGGUUGGAAGAGAAGCAGAAGCCGGCACUAGGUCUCGGAGUACCAACGGGAGCCAUCACAGUACUCGCUGCUGCCACAUCGGUAUACUACAGCCGAGGUUUUGGAGGCUGGACAUCAGCAAGGUCUAACACGACCAGGAGUUGGGGUUCUCCAUGGCGCGCACUCGGUCCUUCGCCGUGCUCAGCUAUACCACUGACCUUGCUGUGGACGGUUGCCAUUGGAGCUCACAUAGCAAUGCUCACGUUCUGUGUUAGAUCAUUAUUAAACAUUGGGUGUGGAAGCACGACCUGCAUAGGAGUGGCAGGAGCACAGCUUUCGGUCUCCCUUACGACUUUAGCAGCAACGCUUUUUAUGCUGCAGCUAGAUUUACGAUACGACGCGGCUCUGUCACCGCCGAGACAAUCAGACACACACAUCUGUACCGCUGUCUCUAUGGUUCCUCUAACGUCAGUAGCGAUCAGCAGCGGGCACAGCGGUGAUGCAGAUCCGAGCAGCCCACUCAACAAGGAGAAAGAUCUACCACCGCCAGAGCCGCCGACCUGAACACGACCAUUCUUAUAGUGAAAAAUGAUAUAUAAAACUUGAUUAAGUGUCCAUUACACAUUAAACGAAAUCUACAUUUUUAAUACGCUUUUAUUAGCUUCAGACGUAUGUAUGUAUGUAACGGAAUCUUUGAACAUGAUUUUGACCCCCUACAACAUGUCGGAUUAAUUCGAUAUUUGGUAUACUUAUUAAGAACCGAUGACAAUUCAAUAUUAAAAAAAAAAUAAAAAAAAAAAUAGUUUAAAAAAACGAACAAAAUACGCUUUUAUAGAAAAUCCAACUAAAAAUAGACAAUAAAUUUUAAUUAAAAAUAUCGUAAGAAAAAGUGAUUUUAUUGUAAGAAAGCGCGGGGUGUUUUUCAGGAUAUUAUCAAAAUAACCCUUCUACUCAUAUCUGUUCAUAAAAUAUUUAUACCUAACUACUGAUACCAUUCACCGCACCCUUUUUUACAAUAAAAUCACUUUUUCUCACACUAUUUUUAAUUCAAAUUUAUUAAAAUUUAUUUUCUAUUAUUUAGUUGGAUUUUCUAUAAAAGCGUAUUUUAUUAGUUUUUUUAAACUAUUAUUUAUUUCAGUUGGUAUACGAAUAGGUGUUAUAACACAAUUCUAAACAGUUCGAUUAAAUGUUGGUGAUGUUGGUGAUGUUUAAUCUUCAUAAUUUUGUUAACAUUUGUUCACAAUUAGGACUAGAUAUUUGGUAACUAUCAGAAAGUAUUAAGGAUCUAUGUCUAAACGAAAAUUGGAACUGGAAAACUAUGGCCGGUUUUUCUUCUCAGGGCGCACAAUGUGGUUUUUGAGGUGUAUCUAAGGCGCACUAAUCUCACGGUAUCCACGAAGGGUUUCUUCCUCUUCGUAAUAACUUAAAACUGGACCCAGCAAGACCUAGCUUACGCAUAUACCUUCAUAGCUCACGGCGACCCGUAAAGGUUUCAGAAGUUCUCAGUAUAUUGCGACAGACACUAUGAGAUAAAUAAAAUUAUUUCUACGACUUGGUUUCGCCUUUUUUACUGUCAUCAAUGUCAAGCCGUUCGUGUAGAUGAGAAAAAUAUAAUGACAAUUAAAAAAAAAUCGAAACUAAGCCUAGACUAAGAAAAGAUUUAUACUUACUGAGAGUUUAUCGGUUGUGCUGGUCAGUGAAUCCAUCUAUUAGAAUCUUAAUGUAUUAGCUUCCUUAUUGUUCUCUGCCAAAAUAAUCUACUCAAUAGUUCAUUUAUAUUAAUUGUGUAUUAUUUUUCAACAUUUCAAUUUCAUCAUUUUUGUGUGCCUUAAAAGCUAGGUUCUAGAUUUUAUUGUCUGAACAUCUACAUAGAUUUAUUAACGUUCUAUAUCGAAAUGAUUUUAAAUGAUUACACUUAGUAAAAAUUUCGUUAUUAAUGAUAGUCUGUGUCGAUAAUACUUACAGGAGGUUAUUUUGUAUAGAAGCUAUGAAAACAGCUGAGAAAUCCCAAAACUGACCCAAUUCUGAAGAAUCAUAGGAAAGUGCUAUUGGACAAAGCUAAGAGCAUCAUGCUUAUACAACGGGAAUAAACUAAAAAUAUAGGUCCUAAUGUUUCGAAUGAAAUAUAUUUCAAAUUGUUAAUGUUCACACUGACUUCAACGGCGAAGUAGUGACACGGUGUAAUAAAGAUCGAGCCCGCAUAAAUUACAAUUUAGGUAAUUAGUGGUAGUAGGGGGUAUACGUCACACGCGGACGUCUGUCUGAAAGAUGAGAUUCUAUAGUGCUUCACUCCUACUGUGUUACCAACAUUAAAAUUAUCAGAAGUUAGAAGUGGAAAAAAUAAAGUCCGUUUUUUUUUAAACUCUUUUACUGGCGGUAGGACUUCUUGUGAGUUCGCGCGGCUAAGUACCACCACCCUGCGUAUUUCUAUCGUGAAGCAGUAAUGCGUUUCGGUUUGAAGGGUGAGGCAGCCGUUGUAAUUAUAAAUGAGACCUUAGAACUUAUAUCUCAAGAUGGGUGGCGCAUUUACGUCGUAAAUCUCUAUGGGCUCCGGUCACCACUUAAGACCAGGUGAACAGUGAGCUCGUCCUGCGGAAUAGCUGACGUCCACGAGCAACGCUAACCACUAACCACAAAGUAUGCUCGUCUGCCUACAAGGGCAAUAAACAACACUUUACUUACAUGCAAUCUACGUGAAUGAAGAUCGAGAAAUACUGUUUUGAGAAAUGGAUUUUUUUUGGUAUAUGACAGUGUAUGUCAACAUCGUCAUAAUAAUACAUAUUUUAGACUCUAGACGAGCGUGAGAUGUUUUUUAUUACUAGACGUCACAGCCGAUUCCCGUGUAGAUUUACUGGUGAUAGGUAGCGUUGUUGGCCCGUGCGGUUUCACACCACCGGCCUACUGAAUACUGACAAAACAAUCAGAAGUCGCAGUCAUAGAGACAGAAAAGUCAUUUCAUUAUGGAUUUGCCAAGAUCUAGAAAUAUGUUAAGUAAAAAUUGUGAAAAAUCUUUUAUGGAAUAAUUCAACUAUUUUAAAUAUUGUCAAAAAUAUCUCAUUUAAUGUGUUUUAAAUAGGCAAAAUUUAUAAAAAUAAUUUUAUAAUUUAUAUACAUUAUAGCAUAGUUUUUAUAAAAUAGUUUUACUAUUAAAUUAUUUAGCUCCUAAAUUCUGAGAGAUUGUAAAAAUGAAAUGUUAAAAACAUUAUUGUAAAUUGUAAUUUUAGGUAAAAAAAUAUUAAUGUUAACAUAAAUUAUGUAAAAUAAAUGUUAAUUAAUAUAAAGUAAAGUAAAAUAUCUGAAUGCACAAACAA